AUGUCAGCGAGUGAAGCCUAUGUGAAGAAAACAAGCCAAACCGACAAUGCUGCAAUUUGGCAUGCUCGAUUGGGUCAUGUAGGCUACCAAAUGUUGCAGCAAAUUUCUUCUAAGAGGUUGGUAGAUGGUAUGCCAACUUUGAAGAAUUUCGUUGCUCUUGGUGAUGAUCAAGACAAUUUGGAGUUCCUAUUUCCCGAAGCAAAUAUGCAAGCACCUUAUAAUGAAGAGGUGGAAAAUGAAUCCCAAGUUCGAACAUCACACAAAGAGAAGAGGAUGAGCAACAAACGAAAGAACCAACAUGAUUCUCUUCUCGAGUCUCGCUUCUCUCAACAGCUUUGCUCUCCUCAGUGCCACGACAACUGCCCUAACGUUGUCGAUCUUUACUUUAACCUCGCUGCCGCUGAAGGUGUUUUUCUCCCCAAAUUAUGUGAGGCUCAAGAGGGAAAUAUCAGAAGAGGAUUGAUGGCUGAUAUCAAAAGUUCUGGUUUUGUUGCACCAGAAACAGUGCAACCGGAGAAGUACCCUUAUGCAUCAGGAGAAAUAAUAUGUGAGCGUCUUGACCAAGACACCUGCGCCUAUGCAAUCUCAUCGUCCGGCAAGCGUUGCUUGCUCGAGAAACGCAUAAAAAGGACCGGAGAAGAAGCAUACACAUGCCGCACGUCCGAAAUUGAGGCUGAUAGAUUGAAGAACUGGAUUGAAAAAGACCAAUGCAUCAAAGCAUGUGGACUUGACAGAAAGUCACUUGGAAUCUCGUCCGACUCUCUUCUCGAGUCUCGCUUCUCUCAACAACUUUGCUCUCCUCAGUGCUACCACAGCUGCCCUAACGUUGUCGAUCUAUACUUCAACCUCGCUGCCGCUGAAGGUGUUUUUCUUCCCAAAUUAUGUGAGGUGCACGAGGGAAAUGUCAGAAGAGGAUUGAUGGCUGAUAUCAAAAGCUCUGGUUAUGUUGCACCAGGACCAGAUCACCCAGUGAAGUACACUUAUGCUCCAGGUCCAGCUGAACCAGUCACAUACACAUAUGCCCCAGCUCCAACAACUCCACCUUAUUAUUGA